AGAAAAAGCUUUUAGUAUCGAUUUAUAUUUUGCCUGCAUAUUAAAACGAAUAAAUUUCUUGAAAUUAUAAAAAUGCCUAAGGCUGACUGUAAAUACUGGGACAAAUGCUACCAGCGUAAUGACGCCCAUCUAGAAAAAUAUAAUCACCCAGAAAAGCAAACUGAAGCGACAAAAAUGGCGCCAAAACGCAAAGCAACUGACACGGAAGAACACAAAGAUAGUCCGAACACAAUCGACAGCAUGGAAACACCGGAGAUGGAUCUGGAAGAGCCUGUUGGCAACUAUGAGUCGGAGACGGCGAAGCUGCAGAAGGAGGCAAUGAACAAUAUUGCCGGCAAAAAUUUUAUGGAAAUACUGGAAAAGCGCAUACGUUUGUCGGUGCAACAGGAGUAUGACAGUCUAUGCGAGAGCAAUGAAUUCAUAAGACAUAAAUUUCUAGUGGAAAUGCCAGAAGACUUCUAUGAAUUCUGGAAAUUCAUAAACACACUUAAAAAGGACACCACAAAAGCGGCUGCACUACAGCACGUAGAAACGGUGUUCCAGCUAGAGCUUGUGGGUCCAUUUGAAUUUCUGGCUGGUAAAUUCCAUAAGGCAAAAAUCGGUGAACCGGGCGAUUACCUGCGGCACUGGCGCUUCUAUUACGAUCCGCCCGAAUUCCAAACUGUUUUUGUGCGUCAAGGCACGGGCAUACACUACGGCUACUGGCGCGAUGUGCCACAGGACAAGGAGCGGCUGAUGUUGGCGCGCAAUGACGCCACACGCAGCUGCGAGUUUCAAUUUGUGGCUGGCAACAUAUUUGAUGCGUUUCUCCACUAUUUGCAACAUGAUUAUGUGGGUACACCAUUUACAGCAGCCCAAGUAGCUGCCACCAAAAAAGCGGUGAAGCAGUACAUCAGUGAUAACUCGCUGGAAAUGGCCCAGCUCGACAGCUUGAAGAAUGAGCGCGAUAAGCGGGUGCUGGCCAAGACGUUUCAUCGAGCUGGCAUUGUGGUGCCCUACGAGCGCAAGACGCAGCAGGGGUAUCGGCCGCUAAUGGUUAGCGAUGCAGAGCUAAAGAAAAUCUUGGCUCUAUUUGAACGCAAAGAUCUCAAUGAUGGCAGCGACAAUGCCAAGCAGGCUGUGUUAGAGAAAUUACAGCCGGUCGCCAAUGCAGCUAAUAUAGCUAUGGAUGAAUGCGAUUUUGGCACAGCUUUAGAGUUGGGCCUCGAUUUGUUUAGCAGUGGUCACAAGGAGCUGCAUAUGCUGAUCUCUUCGCUGCUCGUGCCCGCAUAUUCGCUGCUCUCACGACCACAAUUCAUAGCCAUCGCCAAGGCACACCUGGAUCAGCGCACCAAGGAGAUCAAUUUGAGCAUAUUUGAAGUAUUAAAAUAAGUUAAACUUCUUUACAAAUGAAUGGUGUGGUAAUUUUUCUUGCAACCGCAACCUUUAAU